GUCCCGGUUGUAAACAGGCCGUUUUAGCAAUCUGGGCAGAACAGACCUGCGACCUGUGACCUGUGGAAUAUAUACACCAUCCGUCAGAAUCCCUUUAAUGUUUGACAGGGAAGCCAAUAAUUAUCACAGGUCAAUGCCAUCAAGAGUUAGGUACUCAAGAAUGCUUCACAGAAUAGAAUCUAUUCCAGAGGAGGGUAUAAGCAACCAUGAAGAUGCUAUUCACAUUGUUUCGUAUCCUGCCUGCUCAUCCCAUGAAGAAGACGACGAAGAAGAUCUCAUAAUGCAAAGUAUAAAACACAGUCCAUAUGAUGAUGAAAUUUGGGCUAAAAAUAAGUCAGAGGCUGAUGCACUUGGAAAGUAUGAUGACUUUCACACAAUUGAUUGGUCAAGAGAUCGGAUGAGGGAUAGAAUUCGAUUUCGAAAGUACAAGAAGAUGAAAUACCAGGGAACAUUGUGGGAAAAAAUUAAGGGUUUUCAUGAUGCCUGGUCAGGUUGGGUUAUUGUGUUUAUAGUUGGAGUAGUAUCUGGCUUUGCAGCUGGUGUGAUUGACAUUGGAGCAGAUUGGAUGUCAGAUUUGAAAGAGGGUGUUUGCUCAGAGCGCUUUUGGUUUAAUAAGGAGUCAUGUUGCUGGGCCUCAACUAUUCAAUUUGGGGAAGACAAAUGUGAAGCAUGGAUGAGUUGGUCAGAACUCCUGGGAUUAACUUCUGGUGAAUCUGGAUUUUAUGCUGCUAACUAUUUCAUUUAUGUUUGUUCUGCUUUUUUUUUUGCUGCACUUACAGUUGGCUUAGUGAGAUUUUUUGCUCCAUAUGCAUGUGGGAGUGGUAUACCCGAGAUAAAAACAAUACUUGGUGGUUUUAUUAUAAAAGGCUAUCUAGGCUACUGGACCCUUGUUAUCAAAUCUAUCACAUUAGUUACAGCAGUAUCGUCUGGAUUGAGCUUGGGAAAAGAAGGUCCUCUUGUCCAUGUUGCAGCAUGCAUUGGUAAUGUUUUUGUCCGCAUGUUUCCAAAGUAUUAUGGAAAUGAGGCUAAAAGAAGAGAGGUUAUUUCCGCAGCGGCUGCGGCUGGUGUUUCUAUUGCUUUUGGUGCCCCAGUUGGUGGAGUUCUAUUUAGUUUGGAGGAAGUCAGCUAUUAUUUUCCAAUGAAGACAUUAUGGCGGACUUUCUUUUGUGCAUUGAUGGCAGCUCUAACAUUGGGUUACAUGAAUCCAUAUGGCAAUGGCAGAUUGGUCAUGUUUUAUGUAAAUUACCAUAUGCCAUGGCAGAUAUUUGAAUUGAUUCCUUUUAUCCUUUUGGGUGUUUUUGGCGGUCUGUUUGGUGCAUUUUUCAUUAAAUGCAACAUUAUUUGGUGCAAGUUAAGAAAGAGCACUCGACUUGGCAGGAAUCCAAUAAUUGAGGUAUUUGUAGUGGCUAUUUUGACAGCCAUUAUUGCAUAUCCGAAUGAGUAUACAAAAGACCAAACAAGUCGGUUAAUAUCAAGAUUGUUCCAGAACUGUGGACCAGAGGAUGGCUCGCCAUUAUGUGAUUACAUAUACAACGUUACAAACACACGAAACGUUAACAGUGACGUGUACCCACACCGAGCAGUUGGACCUGGUGUUCGUGAGGCUUUAUGGAAAUUAACCUUAGCUAUGUUAUUUAAGGGAAUUAUCACCAUAUUUACAUUUGGAAUAAAAGUUCCAGCUGGUUUAUUCAUUCCGAGUCUUGCUGUUGGAGCUUGUGCUGGAAGAAUUGUUGGAAUCGGUAUGGAAGAACUUGUCGAUACCCAUCCUGAUUUCUUCUUAUGGAAAGACGUUUGUGUAAAAACUCAAGGACAUUGUAUAUUACCAGGGUUGUAUGCAAUGAUUGGAGCUGCAGCCACGCUAGGUGGAGUAACCAGAAUGACAGUUUCAUUGGUGGUGAUAAUGUUUGAACUAACUGGUGGAUUAACAUACAUCGUGCCGCUAAUGGUAGCUGUAAUGACGUCAAAAUGGGUUGGCGAUGCAUUGGGAAAAGAAGGAAUUUAUGAUGAGCAUAUUCAUUUAAACGGUUAUCCGUAUUUGGAUACGAAAGAAGAAUUCUCUCACACAACUCUAGCUGCUGAUGUCAUGAGACCAAGACGUAAUGGUGCGCCUCUGAUUUGCAUAGCGAAAACAGGUUCAACUGUUGGAGAAAUAGAACAACUAUUGGAUGGUACAAAGUAUAAUGGUUUCCCUGUGAUAGUUGAUCACCAAUCACAAAUGUUAUGCGGGUUUGUUAGUCGUAGAGAUAUCAAAGUCGCUACCCUUCACGGCAGACUUCGCAAUGAGGAGAUAGUAUGUGCUUCGCAAGUGUAUUUUUCAAAACGAGCACCUGCAGAAUCUUCUAAUGGCAUACCGAAUCUAAGUUUGCGUCAUAUUUUGGAUGCGAGUCCGUUUACAGUAACUGAUGCUACUCCAAUGGAGACAGUAGUGGAUAUGUUUCGAAAACUUGGUUUGCGCCAAACUCUAGUCACACAUAAUGGGUAUACAGUAUUUAUGCGCCUUGGCACCUUUAUUUUGAUGUGAACGUUCUGCUGCGAGAUAUAAAUACCAGGGUCGGAUCCAGGAUUUUUGGUCAAAAUACCCACAAUCAACAAGCAUCUCUACGGUUUUUACCAUUGGUAACAAAUAUGUUUAACCCAGGGCUUUUAAUAGCCUGGAUGAUUUAAAAAUGAAAUUACAUCUUAAAAACGAAUUGUUAUUUUGGAAAUAUUAUUAUAGUAUAUAGAAAUUUUAAAUUACAAACAUUAAUUUAGUAGGGUAACUAACCUGUAUUUUUAACACAAUCCGCAGGAAUGUGUGUUUGGUUUAGUCUUUCUUCGUCUCCUGAAAAAAGAUGACACAUUGGUGAAUCUUUUGGGCGGAGCCAACUCAUGUACGAGAUUACAUGAAAAAAGUAGCCGAGGCGGUAAAACAUUUUAUUUAUAAAGUGGGUCGACAUUGAUUUUUAAAAGAAUGUCUUAAGAUCUAGUGCUCAUAAUGUUGUAUUUAUUAUAGUGUAGUCAAGUUUAGCUUAAGAGAAACCUAUUUCAUAUUUCUGUACAAGUUAUUGACUCAAACCUCAGGUUUGAAACGCAACUUCAACAACGAAAAGUUGUUUCAUGGCACGCCGUUUAUUAAUUUUUGCGCAAAAGGCGCUUCUUUUGCUUUCCGCGCAAAAGUUUUGCUGAUUUUUUCUGGCAUUUUGAGUCUGAUCACACUUGUGUUGGUUGUUAUACACUGGUUACUGGUUAUUUGUUGUGAAUUUUCAUGUAUGUAUUUAGUCCUUACCUUUCAACUAUGGUUUUAUGUUGAUUUCAUUUUAUUUUGAAGCUUAAACAUUUUGCUUGCAUCAUUUAAGGAACUUAUAGCUAGCUAGCUAGCUAAAUUAGGUGCAUUUUGAAAAUUCAUUCUACAGACUUUCAUUGUAUAUUCUUUUAUUCUAUAUUAUUCUACUUUAAGGUUUAUGCCAGUGUUGCAAUUGGUUUUGUAUCUUCAUUAUGAUGAUGCAAAAAAUUUUCAUUUCAGAUGAGAUCACCCCAGUGUUAACAUCAAUUAAAUAUAUAAUUAGAAACACAAGGUUUCACUUUAUUAUAGACAACAACAUUGUUGGUUACGUCACAAGUUAUUGUUAAUGAAGUCCAGAGUUUUGCGUUUGUUGUGUUAUUUAGAUUUUUCAAAUGGAAGUAAAUAACCUGCGUAGCUGCUUUGUAUAGAGCCUGCGUGUGUACCGAACAAUCAAACAAACAGCUCUAGAGUAUAGCAUCCGUAUUAGAUCAUUAGACUUUGGAAAUAAUUUCAGUGUACCUCACAUUGGAAAAACACAUCACAGACUUAAGACGUAAAUAACGAAAUUAGGACAUUUCAGCUGAAUCCUUUUGUACUCAACCCGAGGAAAUGUCCACUGUUCACCUUGAUUACCUUGUUUACAAUUUUGCAAGUUAUUUUAUGAAAUCAAAACCAUGAAGUUAUGUGGCGAGCGGAGUCACCAGAUCGUCGCUGGAGUUGUUUGUUUAAACAAUCAAGUAAUAAAAGGAUGGUAGAGGAUAUAUUUUUUUUUCACUUUCAAAAACUACAAUUACAGCAAUAAUAAAAAAAAGAGAAACAACAUGGUUGCCUAAUGUAUUUUAUGUAUAUUGAUCGUUUAAUAUCGAUAUCAAGGUUUAUGAGAAUAACUGUCAGCUCCUUUGCCUCAGUUUUAACGUUUAUUGUUGCGUUAAAUAACACAAUCUUUGAGGAUUUAAGUCGGAAUUUACUGUUUUUAACCUUUUUUUUCUAGCUGCUACUUCCAUUCCGAUAUGUUUGUAAAGAUUUUUAAGAAUCACAUCCAAGCUGUUACUUUUUUUAUAAAUUCCUUGCCUUUCAUACAGUGAUAUUUUCUUCCUCACCCGCAAAUUAGUUGCCCAAGAUCGCAGUUAUAUGUAGCGAUGGUACAAACAGGAUUUGCCUAUUGGGUUUUACAGAAAUUUUUUUUUCGCUUACCCAGUGUUGUAUCUUUGCUUUUAUUAUAUACUGUAGUCAAUUGGGGAUAUUCCUUUUUUAUUUAUGGUUUUUGAAAACAUUUUAUCAAAAAAAAAUAUUAUUGAUAUUUUUUUUAUAGUAAAAGUUCUUCACAGUGUUUUUUUAAUGCGGCAUCACCCUCUAAAUGCAAGUACUACUGCUACUCCUUACAAUAAAACAUUCCUACAACAGCGGAGAUAGUUGAAAACUUUUUUGUUUUAACUGCCAGAAGGUCAUUUGGACCUAUUGUCAGUUGUGAGUGAUUAAACCGUCUCAGUUUCUUGUUUUUCUUGCAUCGCAGAUUUUAACCAUGUUUUAAUUGAUUUAUUAAGAUUGGAUUGUGUGUUCAAACCGACAGGUUUUCUUGUUUAAAUUAAAUGCAACUAAAUAAAUAAAAAUUAGAAAAUUAAAUGUUGAUAGUUUCCUUAAUGUGAUAUAUUGUAUCCUAGGAGCUGUUAUUACAAGUGGGUAAACCUAUCAAAAUUUUUCAAAAUAAUUCUAAACUGACUGGUUAUUUCGUUGUCACCAAUAUAAAAAACGCAAUUUCAGCUUUAUAACUUCAGUUAAAAUUGAAUUAAUGAUUUGAAUCUAAAUAUGUUUUGCUCUCAUUCCAUUAGAUCAAAUAAAGCCAAAAGACUUUUCAAGUAUUAUAAUAGUUCCGGACUUCCAAUAAUAAGCCAUUUUCAUAGACUCUGAUAAACUGUUUUCAACAUCAUAUCAAAAAUACACGUUCAAAAAAUAUUAAAAGCAAUUUUCAAGAUUAAAAAUAGGCAAACAAGGUUUAAAUAACAAUUUUCGUGUCAAAUGCUUUAUCCAGUCCAGAAAAGGAUAAUAUGCUUUUAAAGCGCAGCGCUAGCAUAUUCAACCUAAGUUUAUGCUGGUGAAAAUAAAGUUAACUGGAUGUCUUUAAAAUCGAUGUAGAGAAUUCCAAAAAUUCCAUGAUACAAAUUCUGUGGUGUAAAAUUGAUGAUUCAAAUAGUAACUUCUGAAAAAUUUAGUGAACCAUGCCGUUUCAUAACUUUUUUAAAUGUUGCAGUUUUUAGAUGUCCAAAACUUUCUACUUCUGACAUGGCAGCGACACCUUUAAAUAUCCUAAGUAACCUUAAAACGGAGACUGUCCUAAAAUCUCCUAAAUAAACUUAAAUUUGAACUCAAAUUUUUGAUUUUUUGUGAAAUCUAAAAUUGUUUAAUGCUUAAUGCUAACAUCCGUUGUUUUUUUAAAUAGUAACCUUGUUAUUGCGUUUUGUGUGACAAAAAUUUUCCAUGUUUUUCUUGCAACAGGACUGAUGAAUUAUAUUACAUAGUGACCGCAAUUUGAAAUGAACAGCUUCUCUGACAUCGAAAAAAGAAAAAUUCCAUUCCAUUACUAAUAAUCGAUUAUUAGUAACUUUUUUUUUCAAUUCAACAUUUCUUCCAUGAUUUAUUAUUCUUUUUUCAUUGUUUUGUCCUAAAAUUUGACCCAAAAACCUAAAAUUACAAAUUUUAAAUCUGUGAACACCCUGGCUGAUGGUGGCUGUUUUGAUAACCGCUGCUCUGAAAAAAAAAGUUAAAAAAAAGAACAGGAAUACAAUUUUGGUCAUGUAAUUCACAAGGUAUACAAAAGUUAAAUGUCUUUUUCAGAUUUCCCACGUUUGCUACAUUGAAUGCUAUCACCCCAUGCUUGAGAACUUUUAAUACUUUAUACAUAAACGUAAGGACAAUUGAUUUGUCUUAACCAUAGCAGUAACCAUGUACUUUCCUGUGAUCAUUUCAUAAACGUGCAAUAACUCUAGUAAAAGGAAGAUAUUGACUUAAAAAUCGGCUAUAGGAUGUUUUGAGACUGGUCAAGUCGAAUUACCAAAAAAAAUGUUUACACGAUUUCGGAAUUAGGAUACCAUCUUUAUUAUUUUUUUGCGGUGGGGCAAGUUGGACUUUGAGCCCUCCGUUCUUCGUAGCAAAACUACAAAAAGUGCUUUUACAAGACUGGCUAUUCUGAGCUAUUUACCGCCUAUCCUGGCGAGUUUUUGUUUAUAUGGCAUGUGCUGAAAUUUCGUAUAAUUUUACUCCAAAACAGGCUUAAAAUAUGAUUUAAUACUAUGCAUGAGCAAAAAACUCUAAAGAAAAGCUGCAAGUCUCUUAAAACACCCCUUAUAUUCUAGCACAUUUUGUAGGCUUCACUACUGAAAAAAAAGGUUUAGAGUCUAAUAUGUCUCUCUGCGAUAGAAAAUUAAGGAUAAUAUCCUAGUUCCGAAAUGCGUAUCAGCUAGCUAUACUUAUCCAGUUUGAGAAUUUAGGCAUUUUAACAGGUCGAUCAGAUGUUUUUAAAUAAAAAAUACAAAAUUUCAUUAGACAAUAUUAAAUUGGUAUAUAAACUUUUUUGUUAACGUUGUGUAGAAUAGUGGUGUUCAAAUCCCACAUAAUAUUAAAUUGGCAGCUACACAAAAUAAUACUUGCUGGACUGGGUGUAUAUAUGGUCUCUAUGGUUGUGACAAAUGAGCCAAUAUUGGACGUAACAGGUCCAGGUGAGAUCCUAUAAAUUGUGUCCGUCCGUGUGUGAUUCCGCCCGUUACUAGCCGUUUUCAGAAUUGGCUCUUUUUUCUUCUUGAUUUUUUGCACAAUGACCGGGAACAAUAGACCUAUUCAUAAAUUAAAUUACGCACUGCGGUCCUGGCAUAGGAGUGAGGUUAGUGCUGCAUACUUCAUCGAAAAAAAUUGAUUGCAGCAGGGGAGAAUUGUGCUGUUGUUUUUCGGGCUAUUUGAGGCAGUAUAGUUGAAAAUAAAUGUUCCUAGCAAUAAAAUAGUGCUCAUUUUGCGUACACAUAUCUCGUAAUAUGUUAUCCCUAUUGUAUAUCAACACGCGUUGUAAAAAUUGCUUGUUUUUAUAAAGAAUUGGUACCUGGAAGUUAAGUUUGGUGUUUUUUAUCACUAAUUGUUUUAUUCGGUGUUUGUUCAUCGAUAACAACAGAAAAAGAACUUGUAUUGGAAGACUUUGAUGAGCUCUUUAGUGAUAUUUUUGUGGGUAAGUACGUUUCUUGACACUAUGCAAACAAGCUGGUUAGCAUUCUUAUACCUAGAAGACUGUGUAGCUAGCUAUAGCUUAUAAAAAUUAAAGACCAAACUAAAUUUUCUAGAUCCCAAAUCAAUUACUUUGGAAGAAGAAGAUAUGCAAGGUGAAGAUGUGCAUGUGGAAAGAGAAAAUUUGAGUAACUACAAAUUGGAUAACUUAAAAAAAUGGUUGUUGCUUCGUGGUGACAGCUUGCAUGACAUUGAGAGCCUAAAAGAUGCACAGAUCAGGUAAACCUGAAGCGGUAGCAUUAUUACCAUAAAAUAGACAAACAUUUUUUAUAUAUUUUUAUAUAUAUGUAUAAAAAU